ACAGCCAGCAGUCUUUUAGUAGCCUAAGCCAGCGUGAACACACCUCUCAGGGCCAGCCUGCAGACGCAAACCUUCAGCAACACAACUCAAGUGGAUCCCACCAUGGCCUUGUCGGUGCGUAGCUUCUCCCUCCGCCAGCCCUCCUUCUCCAGCCUCUCGGUGAGGGACAGCGGGCGCAGCGGGCGGGCCAAGCCGCCGCUGCACACCACCAUGUCCUCGCUGGGCAUCACCAGCAGCGGCCUGGCCCGCUCCGUCUCCCUGGGCAACGGCCUCAACGCGCUGGGUCCCAGCUUCUCCGUGAUGGGCGGCAGCAGCCUGGGUCUGGGCGCCAGCGACAAGGAGACCAUGCAGGGGCUGAACGACCGCCUGGCCAGCUACCUGGACAAGGUGCGCUCCCUGGAGCGCUCCAACACCGAGCUGGAGGCCCGCAUCAAGACGCUGAUGCUGGAGAAGUCGCCAAAAGGACACGACGUGGAGGGGAUGCUGGCCCAGGCGCACACCAUCGGCUUGGAGGUGAGGAAGAGGACCCUGGAGAAUGCCCGCAUCAUGCUGGAGAUCGACAAUGCCAAGCUGGCGGCCGACGAUUUUAGGGUCAAAUGGGAGGCAGAGGCCACCCUCUGCCAGUCGGUGGAGAGGGACUGCCUGGCCCUUCGGAGGGCCAAGUCGGACCACGACCAGAUGAUCGCAACGCUGAGAGGAGACCUGGACAGCCUAAAGGAGGAGAUCUACUUCCUGAAGAAGAACCAUGAUGAGGAGGUGGGUGCCCUGAAGGCCCGUCUGUCCACUGAGCAGGUGAGUGUGGAGGUUGAUGCUGUGCACGGGCCUGACCUAGGGGCCCUGAUGGCAGAGCUGAGGGUCCAGUAUGAGGCAAUCGCCCGCAAGAACAAGGAAGAGGCAGAGAACUGGUACCUCAAGAAGCUGGAGGCGGUGCAGUCUGAGGUGAAGCAGAGCAACGAGGCUCUGCGCUGCGCCCAGGGGGAGCUCAGUGAGAGGCGGCGCUUCCUGCAGGCCCUGGAGGGGGAGCUGGAGAGCCUACGCAAACAGGUGAACGUUCUGGAGGGAAACCUUGGGGAGACGGGCCACAAGUAUGCGACGGAGAUGGAGCGCCUGCAGGCCACCCUGAGCCAGCUGGAGGACGAGCUGUCCCAGCUCCGGCUGGACAUGCAGCGCAACAAGACUGAGUAUGAGCAGCUGCUGCGCAUUAAGCAGACCCUGGAGAUGGAGAUCGCCACCUACAGGCGGCUGCUGGAAGGAGAGGAGAUGAUUAAAGAAACGGCUCCACCUCCUAAAAAAGAGCCUGAAGUAAGGACCAGGAAAAUUGUUAAAGUUGUCACUCAGACGAUGAUUAACGGGAAAGUGGUGGAUGAGUCCAGCGAGGUGGAGCAGAUUGAGGAGCGUAAGAAUUGAGGCUUCUAGAGAGAGCCGGGACUGGAAACACCGCCUAACCCAGACAGCCAAGGUCUGCCAUGAACACAGCCGAAGGCCGCCAGGGAAAACAGCCAAAGUCCAGUGAUCCAAGAGACCAUAUCGUACCAUAUUAUUGAGACCCGGAUAAACCUCCUUUGAUUCCUGUACAUGUGUGUGGAAGAAACACAACUAUACGCUUGUAGCCUUUGUGUUUAGUAAAAGUACAAAAUUUUAAAGGUGUUGGAAAAGAUUGAAGAAUUUUGUGUACGACUUCUAAAUUGUUAACAACUAAGAUUAGAUUAUUAUU